GAUUUGGUCAUUCAUUUACACUAUUUAGUCUUAUAUUUUUACGGAGAACAAAAACAGAAAAACAAAACAAUCGAAGCAUGAACAAAGUGCCGGAGAAAGUCACAGUGGAAACCCAGUCGCAGCAAAAGCCAUCAAAGAUGCGUUGGCUCGCCGCCUCCAGAGCAUUCUUGCAAAUUCCAAAUCCGGCGAUUGUCAAAGUUUUCGUCCUAAGCAGCGUGGCUACGUUCACCUCAGGAAUUGCCUUAGUCAUUGAAUGGAUCUGUCACGGAAAGAGCCACAGCGGAUUUGGGUGGAUCAUCUACUAUGCGUUGUUCUUGGUGUGUCUUCCUCUUCUCAUCUUGAUCGGUCUUCAUAUCCUCAUGGCGAUCUCUUCUUCUAGCCGGAGCUCAAAAGUUCAGAUUGUAGAUACAGCUUCAAGCAAAGAGCCGUGCGUUGUGCAGCAGAACCAGUGUACCGAGACGAAUCAACGAACUGAAGAAACGGAGAAAAACAGCUGCCGAAGUUUAGCCGUUGUGGUUGCUUCGGAUAACGAGAAGGUGCCGAGGAUAAAACGCGCCGUGUCAUUCCCGUCGCAUGGCGAAGUAAGAUCAUGUCGUACUCGUUAGCAAAACAAAGUACACUAGAUAUGGUUUUAGUAAUCAUGAACCUAAUAAUCUCUUUGUGAUAUGUUCUUCAGCAUUUUGUCUUUUUUUCAUUGAUCCAACGAUAAUGAUUUCUGAAAAUCGAAUUACAACCUUUUUUCA